CGGACUUCAAAUCUCAAGAUUUUCCUGAAUCACAUUCAGGGACAUCACCACAAAUACCUGCGCUACUCAUGUUACAAGUGUUACAAGAUAUUCUCUAACCCAAGUGAGGUAUUGAAACACAGAAAUAAAACCCACAAGUUCCCCAAUAUGUGCAAAGGGUGCUACAGCAAUUUCCCCACUAAGGAACUAUUAAAGGAACAUACAGACAAAUAUUACAAAAAAUUAGUAAAUCAAAAAAAGUACAAGAAUUUAAGAAUAGAUAAUUCCACAUGUAGAAUAUGCUAUAAAAGUUUCAAGAACUAUGCAACCUACAAAAAUCAUUUUAUUAGUCAUCAUACAAAGCAAAGUUGCAAUAUUAUUUGUGAUAUAUGUGGUAAAAGUUUUAAAAUAAAAGGAAGUUUUACUAGUCAUGUCACAAUACAUAAAAAUUUGAAUAAAUUUCAGUGUGACAUUUGUGACCGACAUUUUAAAAGUCGACAUGGUCUAAACUAUCAUAAAAACACAUACCACAACACGGGCACGGACGCGUCAUUUAUUUGUGAUAUCUGCGGAAAACGAUUUCAAGAAAAGCAGAGAAUUAGAGACCAUAUGAUAAUCCACACAGAUAAACUUUCACAUCCUUGUACUAUGUGCGAUAAAAAGUUUCGUAGAAGAUCAAAUUUGAAAAACCAUAUGGUACAGCAUACUGGCGCGAGACAAUAUUCUUGUAAUAUAUGCUUUAAAGACUUUGCGAACCUCUCCAAUCGGAACAAACAUGUGAGACGGAAACACGGUAUUGAAUUGGCAAGAAAGAGACGUCAGAAAACAGAGGCCAACCAAGUAAAAGUCACAGAAGCAGCAAAUAAUAAUAUUGAAGACCAGACGAAUAAUGACAUGUUAUCUUAUAGCUAGCUAUAGGAAAUGUAAAUUAUCUAAUAACUGAUCUCAUAAAGAUCUCAAAAAAAGCAGCGUCUAUGAAAAUCAUCCAUGAUUCCAUGAAUAAUAUAAUAGACCAUAACUAAGGGGUCACAAGCACGCUAUCAGUUCUGGUCAAAACCAUAGCCGGACGGGCCAGGAGCCUGCAGUAUAUUACAAUAACAUUUUAUAAGGCAGGAGUGGGGCGGGAUACUACUGAUUUAUUGUUUUGUUACCAAUGAAAGAGAUAAAUAAUACCAAAGAAUUAUAUUUACAAGAAAACGAGAAUUACAAGUAAACCCUUUGAAAGACCUUUGGAAAACAAUAAUAAUUGAUUUUGGGAGGUUCUAUGUGAUUCGGUGUUUGCUCCACAGUCACACUGCUGUGCACACUUUAGCUGUAUGGAGUUUAUGUCUAAAAUUUAGAUCGAUUCAGAGGUAUCGAGUUCUAUAUCGGUUAUUAGAUUCAGCAGCUUCGGUUCUUCUCUGACUGCCUCGUUAACCGACUGGUCGCAAGUGCGACUGCCGGGCAAGGGGU